AUGAAUUCAGAAAUUGAGCCCCACAUUAGUAAAAAAUAUGAAAUCAAAAAGAGACUGGGAAAAGGGGCCUAUGGGAUCGUAUGGAAGGCUGUUGAUCGGAGGACGGGGGAAGUGGUUGCUGUUAAGAAAAUAUUUGAUGCCUUCAGAAACCAGACAGACGCUCAGCGGACAUUCCGUGAGAUAAUGUUUCUGCAGGAAUUUGGAGACCACCCAAAUAUCAUUAAGCUGCAUAAUGUUAUUAAAGCUGAGAAUGACAAAGAUAUCUAUCUAGUGUUUGAAUUUAUGGAAACUGAUCUCCAUAAUGUGAUCAAGCGAGGCAGUAUCCUGCGUGACGUACACAAACGGUACAUUAUGUAUCAGCUUUUGAAGGCUACUAAAUACCUCCACUCUGGCAAUGUAAUCCACAGAGAUAAUAAGCCAUCAAAUGUGCUUCUGGACAGUGACUGUGUGGUAAAGGUGUGUGACUUCGGAUUGGCUCGUUCCCUCACACAGAUAGGGAUAGACGCAGAGACUGGAGACCCAAACCUUACAGAAUAUGUGGCCACUCGGUGGUACAGAGCACCAGAGAUCCUGUUGGCAUCUCAUAGGUACACCAAGGGUGUGGAUAUGUGGAGUCUUGGCUGUAUACUUGGAGAACUACUAGGAGGCAAGCCUCUCUUCCCAGGCUCCUCGACACUCAAUCAAAUAGAAAAAAUCAUGGCUGGUAUCCCACCACCAACUAGAGAAGACAUUGAGAGUAUACGAUCAGCCUAUGGUUCCUCAGUGUUAGGAAAAGCUGCAGUUAAGCCUAAGAGAAGUUUUGAAGACAUGCUACCAGAAGCUCCAAAGGAAGCCAUAGACUUAUUACGACGACUGUUACAUUUUAACCCAGACAAACGUAUAACUGCUGACGAAGGGCUACGCCAUCCUUAUGUAUCGAGGUUUCAUAAUCCAUCAGAAGAAAAAAGUAUAGAUUAUGAUGUGGUCCCUCCCCUUAGUGAUGAUGUACAGUUAACUGUCGACGAAUAUAGAAACAAGUUAUAUGAGAUGAUUAUGCAAAAGAAACAGGAGCGUCGGAGGCGACGUCAGGAGAUGAGGAGUGCCCCUCAUCCAACUCGUGUACGCACAGAAAGUCCCCACCCUCCCAGUGAACCAUACCACAAGGACACCUCUCCCAAAGGGGCAUCCCCAAAAGUCUACAACAACAAACAUGCAGGGGACGGCCCGCCACAAUCCGCACCUCAACACCACUCAUCAUUUUCAGCCUUUGGAAGAACAACACAUGGUGAUCAAGGGCCUCCACAAUCCAAGUCGAGAAAUGCCCGACGACCAAACAAUGAGAACAUGGAGAGAGCAGCGACGAAUAUGGAGAUGUUUGAAGUCUUCCUCAGAUCUCAAAACCCUAAAGUUCAGAUGAAUCAGUUUCUGUAUGGCCGUAAUAUGCCCAAGAUGACACAGGAUCCCUACCCCGCCAUGUCAAAGAACAGACAAGCUUCAGCCCCAGCCGCUUCACGGAUGGGCAGUAGACCAAUAUCUGGUGCAUAUGGUGUAAAGAACCCAACCAUUACAAGAGAUGAAAAGUCGUCCGGCCUCAGUGUAACUAGCUCACGAAUGUUGGGAAUUGGCAGAUUGCUUUCUUGUGCAAUGGACCCCCUUCCUCCGAUAAAGUCCAAUUUCCAUGACUACCACGAACCCUUUGAUGACUACUAUGUACCCGGUCAGCGACCAUCGUCAGCAACCAAUCAACAACAGAGAAAACCAUUGUACGGCAAGAAACAGUACAGCAAUGCAAUCAACAACCCGUCGUCAGGUGCACACAAGGCUUACUUCGGCAGUUACAAUCAGAAUGUCGGCACCAUCUCCUCCACGGCUCUAGCAUCAAUUCAAGGGAAAAGGUCAUGAAAGGUCACCGGCAACAUCUGACAGGCUUCAAAAUUUUAUAUAUAUGUCUGCAUUUGACAUAUAUUUUACCAGGUUUAAGCUCCUUGUACUUGAAAAUAGACGGUUUUAUUCAGCUAUAUCAUUGGUUGAAUAUAUAAAUGACCCAUCAUCAGGUGAUUGGAGGCUUUUGAUGUGGUCUGAUUUGACCUUUCCACUUCAUUGAGAACAGGUCAAUUUUGUCAAUGUGAAAAUAAGUAAAGAAAAAUGCCAUUGAGCACUAUUUGGAGGUGAAUUAAAAAAAAUGAUCAG